UUCUCGUUACAACAAGCGCGGAUCCUAUACUAAAAUGAAACUCGUACUUAUACUGUUGGCGCUUGUCGGCUUUGCGAUGACUGAGGAUUUCUAUACUACCGGCGAUGACAACAUUGAUGUGGAUGCUUUUUUUGCCGACCAGCCUAGAGCAAAGCAGUUCUUAGACUGCUAUAUGGAUAGAGCACCUUGUCCCGAACUGGCAGAUAGCUACAAAAAAAUAUUUCCUGAGGCUAUUGCACAAGCUUGCAAAAGAUGCAACUCAGCUCAAAAACAUAUUUUCUGGAAGUUCCUGCAGGGAUUAAAGGCCAAGUAUGCUGAAGAAUACCAAACCUUCAGACAAAAGUAUGACCCUGAAAGCAAAUACUUCGAGAAUUUGGAAAAGGAGAUAUCUAAAUAUUAAUUUAUUCAUAACAAAUUGUUAUGACCUAUAAACUUGUAAAAGAACGAUCGCAACUUUUUAUCAUUCGAUAUUAUGCCUGCUAACGGAAGUCAUUUUGGGUGUACUAGUUUUUCUAAU